UUUAGAGCUUUUGGGUCGUUGCCCAUGAACGCUGCGGAGGAUCAGAGAGAGAGAGAGAGAGAGACACCCGGCCGUAUCAGUGAGUUUACGUGGAAACCAGCGCCGUGGUACUUGGAUGACAUGCAGCUGAGCGACGGGGCGAGCACGUGUAGCAGAUCGCUCGGUUGUGUGCAACUUUUUUCGCCCUGGGACGCGGACAUGGAAACUGUUGCAAACUAAUUCCGUCCGGCCUCCGUUGCGAGGGAUGCUAAUAAGCCUGGAUCUUUUUUAUUUGUUGUAUUUGUAUCGUUUUUAAAGUCGUCAACGUCGACAUGGAGAGUCCGGAUGAGAGGGAGACCAGUCCCCCGAAGUCGGAGAGGAGGUUCGCCCUGACCUACGUCGGCUGGUCCUCGCUCGACAGGCGGACCACCCUGCCCAUGCUGCCGUGGCUGGUGGCGGAGAUCCGCAGGAGGAGCGAGAGGGGCGACUGCGGCCCGGCGGUGCAGCCGAGGGAGGUCCAGCUGGUGCUCAACCCGCCGUUCGUCCGGUGCGUCCCGUCCAACAGCAGCAGCUCGUCGGUGUUCAUAUUCGAGCACAAGGCGCAGCUCGUCUCGCGCUUCAUCCACAACAGCAACGACCUCACCUACUUCGCCUAUCUCACGCGGUGCCAGCCCGACAACCCCGAGUCCGAGAUGUCCUGUCACGUCUUCAGGGCCUGCGACCCCAACCAGGUCCCCGAGGUCAUCAGCAGCAUUCGCCAAGUGUCCAAAUCAGCCUUAAAGGAUGACGCCAAGCCCAAACAGGAAGCCGACGAGGCCUUCUACAACUCCCAGAAGUUUGAAGUGCUUUACUGUGGCAAGGUGACAGUUCUGCUCAAAAAGGCCCCAGCCACCCUCAUCGAUGACUGCAUCGACAAGUUCCGUCUGCAUGAGGUCGAGCGCAAGCGCCUGCGACUGCUCAGCGGCCAGCGGGGGUCCACAGAGAGUGCCCCUGUGGAGUUCCUCAUUGGGGCAGAAGGAGACCCCCUCUCCUCUGCUCUGAACAAGAGCGAAGACACAGAAGGCCCCGGAGUGGAGGUCAUGACUGGAGGUAAAAGCCUGUCCAACAGCGCCAGUCAGAGCAGCCUGCGAGGAGCGUUCCCCGAGUGCAUCCUGGAGGACUCCGGCUUCGAGGAGCCUCAGGAGUUCCGCACGCGCUGCAGCAGCCUGGCCGGGAGCCUGCAGAGGAAGCCGGGGGAGGGCGUCCUCCUGGCCCCCGCGCGCCGCAGACACUCCAGCGCCCCGAACCACGUUCAGCCCUCUGACUCGGACAAGAACCGCACCAUGCUCUUCCAGGUCGGGCGUUUUGAAGUGAAUCUCAUAAGUCCGGACAGUAAAACAGUGGUGCUGGAGAAGACCUUCAAAGACAUCUCGUCGUGCUGUCAGGGUGUCAAGCAGUCCGACCAUUUUGGGUUCAUCUGCCGCGACCGAGCCGAGGACGGCCCCAGCCAGUACGGCUGCUACGUUUUCCAGUGUGCCAGCGAGUCGCUGGUGGACGAGGUGAUGCUGACCCUGAAGCAGGCCUUCACGACAGCGGCGGCCUUGCAGAGCAACAAGACCCAGAUCCAGCUCUGCGAAGCCUGCCCCAUGCACGACCUGCACAAGCUCUGCGAGCGGAUCGAAGGUCUCUACCCACCCAGAGCAAAGCUGGCGAUCCAAAAAUAUCUCUCCCAGCUGAUGGACAAUGAGCAGGCUGACAUUUUUGAGCGAGUUCAGAGACUGAAGCCCGGGUCGGACCAAGAGGAGAACGAGCUGGUGGUUCUCCAUCUGAGGCAGCUCUGUGGAAGCAAGCAGAAGUCCCACCUCCACAUCGGAGAGGCCCCGCAGAACGCAGCCAACAGCUCGUCGGCAGGAGACGGCGCGGCCACCAGCAGUCGCUUCAAACUCGACAUCCUCAAGAACAAGGCUCGCUCCUCGCUCACCAGCUCCCUGGAGAACAUCUUCGCGAGGGGUGCCAGCCGGAUGCGGGGCCGUUUGGGAAGCAUGGGAAGCAUCAGCAGUUUUGAAAGGCAGGAUGAGGAGUCUCCCGGUCACUCCCCUCCGGGCUCCCCUCCCGCUUUCCCCGACGACGACGACGGCGACGGCGGCGGCGGCAACCCGGAAGCCGGCCUGCAGUUCCGCCGCCGCGCCCACACCUUCAGCCAUCCACCUGUGAAGAAGCGCAUCUCCUUCGAGGGCCAGCCGGCCGGCCAGAGCAGACAGGCUCCGCUGCGCAGACAGCAGUCUGUCAACCCCGAGCUGCUGCAGAGCAGUCCCGCGGCCUACUCGAGAACGCGCAGCGUCUCGGAGAGCGAGUCCACCUUCGGCCUUCCCUCCUCCUUCUCCGCCCCCACUUUCCUGAAAAGCAUUUACCAGGGCUCGCUGGGCUCCCUGAGCUCCCUGGCAGACAGUGGGAGCCUCAAGAGCAAUGGGGAAGGCAGGAAGAGGACCCAGUCCGUCUGCAGCGGCGACUCUGUGAGCGGGGGCCCCCCUGCGACCCCACGCAGGGUCUCCUGGAGACAGAAGAUCUUCCUGAGGGUCGCCUCGCCCAUGAACAAGCCGCCCGCCUCGAUGCAGCGUCCAGACCACCCUGACGGCAGGGAGCUGUUGCCCCUCUCCCCUUGCCUGGAUCCUCUGGGGCGUCUGCUGCCCCCGGCAGGCGACCCCUUUUCUGGGGAGAAGCCUAAGAUGACAGGGCCCGACUACCGGGCCCUCUGGAAGACCGCUAUCCACCAGCAGAUCCUGCUGCUGCGCAUGGAGAAGGAGAACCAGAGACUGGAGGCGAGCAGGGAUGAGCUGCACACCCGCAAGAUGAAGCUGCACUACCUGGAAGUGGGUCAGUGCUCCAAAGAGGUGCAAGCAUUGUGGGAGAGAAAGCUGACGGCCCCGGGCAGAACGACGGUCCCGCAGGACAAAGAGGAGGUGUAUCGCGCUCUCAGCCAGGGCGUUCCCAAGAGCAGGCGCGGGGAGGUCUGGCUCCUCCUUUCCCACCAGCACCGGCUGCGUCACAGGCUGCCCCAGCGCCAGCAAGCCCCGGACACCCCCUACCAAGACCUGCUGAAGCAGCUCACCGCGCAGCAGCAUUCCAUUCUGGUGGAUCUAGGCCGGACCUUUCCCACCAUCCAGUACUUCUCGGCCCAGCUGGGCGCAGGGCAGCUCUCCCUCUACAACCUCCUGAAAGCCUAUUCUCUGCUGGAUACAGAGGUCGGCUACUGCCAGGGCAUCAGCUUCCUGGCCGGAGUGCUGCUGCUGCACAUGAGCGAGGACCAGGCCUUUGACAUGCUGAAGUUCCUCAUGUACGACCUCGGCAUCCGGCAGCAGUUCAGACCCGACAUGGUCUCCCUGCAGGUUCAGAUGUACCAGCUCUCCAGACUGCUGCACGACUACCACCGCGACCUGUACAAUCACUUGGAGGAGCACGAGAUCGGGCCCAGCCUGUACGCGGCGCCGUGGUUCCUCACCCUCUUCGCCUCACAGUUCCCGCUCAACUUCGUGUCCCGCGUCUUCGAUUUCGUAUUUGUCGAAGGGACCGGGGUGAUCUUCAAAGUGGCUCUCUGUCUGCUGAGCAGCCAUGAGGGGGCGAUAGUGGAGUGUGACAGCUUCGAGAGCAUCGUGGACUAUCUGAAAACUACACUUCCCACCCUCACUCAGGCCCAGAUGGAGCAGACCAUUGCCAAGGUGGUGGAGAUGGACAUCUCCAAGCAGCUGCACGCUUACGAGGUGGAGUACCACGUCCUGCAGGAUGAGAUGUUGGAAGCCGGGCCGCUGCCCGAUGACUCCGACCGGCUCGACAAACUGGAAAAGACCAACGUGCAGCUGAAGAAACAGAACAUGGAACUGCUGGAGAAACUUCAGGCUGCGCGGCAUAAGAUCCAGACGCUGGAGACGAGCGUGGAGCGCUUCCUGUCUCAGGAGAGCAAAAUGAAGCACAUGAUUCGCACUCUGGAGCAGGAGAGGGCAGCUCACCAGAAGACCAUCGAACGCAUGCGCUCGUGCCUACCCCCGGACGCCCUGACAGAUGUGGAGAUGACCCAGAUCAAGACGGGACCCAACGGGAAAGCCAAAACUGCAGCCAAAAAGCCCUGAUGGCGACCAGGGUGG